UUAAAAUUUACGUGGGGUUUUUUUCAGAUGAAAACGACACGCCACUUCUGCUGUCCUUUAGGAGGAUAGUGUUCUCUAUAUUCUUUUUCUAGAUAGAUAAUAAACACUUAUCAAUCAGCUUGUCUAGUGUACAGACACGAUCAACAGUUUUGCAUAGAUAAGUCCAGUGGUGGUUGAGUCAUUUCUUCUUUUGACUCUCUCUUUCAGCUUUUAUCUUUCCUGUUGGUUCUGAACUGCGCGUGAUUUAGUCUGUUCUGAAUUCCACAGAGUUGUUUCUUUUCUUUAAGGUACUUUUCUUUGCGUUUGUCGGUCCCUUGAUGCCUGAUCAGCUUUUUUCUUCUGUGAUGUGUGUCUGUUAUUCGAUGGAUUUGGGGGUUAGUGAUUCGCGAAGCGGUUAUAGCCGCAAGGGAUUAUGAUCUUCUUCUAUCGUGGAUUGAAAUUCUUUGGUUUUGGUUGAUCUUCAUCGUCUGGAUGGAAAUUGGAUUUCUCUUCUAUUAUUAUGAUUAUGAAGUCCCCCAAUCAUGCUCAGUGCCGGCUUUAAUCUUUUUAUACAUUUUGACAUAUUUGCUGUGCUGGAAUUCGUGGAUUGAUCUGAAAGUGGUAUUACAUGGGAUCUGAGGGGCCACCAGCCAUAACAAUCCACAUUACGGGUUUUAGAAAAUUUCAUGGGGUAGCAGAAAAUCCAACGGAAACGAUUGUGAGUAACCUUCAAGAAUAUAUGAAAAAAAGGGGAAUGCCCAAAGGGUUCAUUCUUGGGAGUUGCACUAUUCUUGACACUGCAGGCCAGGGAGCAUUAGCUCCUCUGUAUGAAACAUUGCGGUCUGCACUAAGCAACAAUACUUCUGAUCCAUCAAAUUCAAGAAUUAUCUGGGUACACUUUGGAGUUAAUAGUGGUGCUACAAGGUUUGCCAUAGAACAACAAGCUGUUAAUGAGGCCACUUUCCGCUGCCCGGAUGAAAUGGGAUGGAAACCACAUAAAGUUCCAAUAGUUCCCAGUGAUGGUGCAAUUUCACACAUAAGAAAGACUUCUCUUCCGGUUGAGGAGAUCAGCAAAGGCUUAGCAAAGAUGGGUUACGAAGUGAUGAGCUCUGAUGAUGCAGGCCGCUUUGUUUGCAACUAUGUGUACUAUCACUCGUUGCGGUUUGCGGAGCAGAACGGAAUACAAUCCCUAUUUGUACACUUCCCUCUCUUCUUAACUAUAGACGAGGAGACCCAAAUGCAAUUUGCUGCUUCGUUAUUAGAGGCAAUUGCCUCUGUAUGCUAGGUCUUCUUUCUGCAUGGGAUUCUUCUUGAAUCCUAGUUUUAAGCGCUUCCUCUGCUCUUUUGGUUGGUCAAUGUAUUUUCUGUAAUAAAUAAGUCUCAAAUCGAUCACAAGUACAUUGUUUUAUCAAUCGUGGUAUUUGUUACAUGUACCUGAAAGCUGUUUACCUCUGGUUUCUUACUUUUUUUAGUUUAUUUCAUCUGUUUUGCCACUAACAGAUUUUUUGGGGUUUAUUCCAUCAUUUGCAAUAAAGCCAAAGAUUCACUA